UGCUUAGGUAUGCGAAUGGAGACCCGUGGCAGAAGAAAGCGCGCCGCCGCCGCCAGGGACCGGCUGAGCAACCUGCCGGACUGCCUCCUCCAGGCCAUCCUCUCGCAGCUCCGGUCCCGCCAGGUCGUGCACACGAGCGCCCUGUCGCGGCGGUGGCGGCACCUCUGGCGCGCCGUCCCAUGCAUCCACAUCGACAGCGCCGACUUCCCCAUCCAGAUCGACGAGGAUUCAGACUUAUCCUCGGUCCAAGAUGAUGAUGGGAACUCAGAUCAGCUUGAUUCGUGUGUCCGAGAUCGUCGCUUGUUUGAGGCGGAGAGGGACGCGAUAGCCAACCUCGAGGAUUUCGCCGACAAUCUCUUGUUCCACCGUAAUCUCUCCGGCGAGGCGUUGGAAACCCUGCGGCUGCGCAUCUAUCGUCGAGACGGACGCCCAUACGGUAGCACGGAUAUGAUCAGCAGGUGGGUUCGCCGCGGCCUGAGGCUGUCUCCGGCGGGAAUCGACAUCAUCGUCGAUGGUAUCCCGAUGGAGCAACCCUCCUAUUUCUCCAACACCGGCGCCAACCUUGGGCGCCUCACCGAGAUCCGCCUCGACGGCGUUCUCCUCAUUGGGGCCAUCGGGGAUCUCUUCGGCACCGACAGCCUCCUCCCCGUCCUGCAAGACCUGGAGGUCAGGAACAGUGCCCUCGGGUACAUUGCGUCCGACACGCUGACGAACCUCACAGUCGUCUACGACUCCCCGGCGAGUACACAAACAUACGAGAUGUUUGGCCACAUCGCCGCUCCUCGCUUGGCGUCGCUGCGGUUCGAGUUGCCGCUCGCCCGUCUCGCCAACUUGGACUUCACCGUAGAGGAGCUACCUUGCCUUGCACAAGCAUCCAUCCGCCUACUCCACGAGACUCCUCAGCCGUGGAGCUGGGACGAUGAUGACGACGACGACGACGAACCAGACACUACAUGUCCGGUGAUAAGCAAUCUGUGCAUCCUCCUCGGCUUUCUGUGCAAUGUCACCAGCUUGCACCUCUCUGGUUUCCAGGAAAUGGGACUUACACACGCCGUGCUGCUGCAGGCAGUGCUGGAUGAACCCUGUUGCGUGUUCCCCAACCUCAAAAGCUUGGUUCUAGACGAUUGUAACCUUGGCAACGGACUGCAAACUCUCUGGCGUUUGCUACACAACACUCCUGCCCUUGAGCGGCUGGCUCUCAGAAAUUGCAAGUGGCAAGAGGAUCCAUAUGCUCGGAAGAGUGAGGAAGAACAAGCUGUGGAGACCGCAACAAUGACAACAAACCUCAAGUUGGUGCAAAUCGUUCAUGGAAACAACAAGAUGAGGUCCAAGAUAAAAAGGAAGCUACCGCAGGCUACAGUCACCAAAUGAAGGCAAAGAACGUGGACUUGAUUUGUGUUUUUUUCUUGCUUGUCAUCGGUACAUGUCCCUCUUAUGAAGAAAGAUAUGUAGACAUUUUUCUUUUAAACAU